CCUACAAUGGAUGUAAAUCUCAUAAGUGGGAGAAUAAAUUCUGCGAUCCACGUGAACACGAUAGAAGAACAAGUUUUCCUUCAACUUUUAAGACAGUUAUACAUACCUGUUAACUCUCUACCUAAAAGAAAAAACAAUGAAUGGACCGCAAACCAAUGAUGAAGAUUUGGAGCUCUUCCAUGCCAAUCUAUUGGAUCGUUUGCCUAAUGAUGAAAAUGGAUUAUUAGUUCGACCACUUAGACUAUCUGAUUAUGAGAAAGGUUUUAUCCAGCUGCUGGAACAACUUACAGAUGUUGGAGGCGUAACAAAAGAACAAUUUUCAAAUAGGUUUUUAAGCAUGAAAACAUCUGGAGGUCAUUAUGUGGUUGUUGUUGAAGACUUAAAUAAAGGAAUAAUUGUAGGUAGUGCAACUUUAGUUGUGGAGCAAAAAUUUAUUCAUAAUUGUGCAUUGAAAGGACGAGUUGAAGAUGUUGUAGUGUAUUUACCUUACAGAAAACAAAAACUUGGUAAAUUAUUGGUGGAAACAGUUACACAGUUAGCACGACGUUUACGAUGUUAUAAAUUAUCAUUAGAUUGUCGUGAUCAUCUUAUAAAAUAUUAUGAAAAGUUGGGUUUUAAACAAGAACCUGGCAAUGCAAACUCAUUAAGUGUACGUUUUGAACCUGCAUCAGAGCAUUCGCGAUUGUGAUAACAACAUGAGACAAUUUUUCU